UAUUUUACUAUUUCCUGAUCAUAAAUACUUCGACAAUAUUUGAAACAAACUUGAUAUAUCUCUUAAGUCAUCUGGACAUCGAAAAUCAUGAUUUUACUUCUUUUGUGUUAUUCGUGCCUUCUUGUUAUCUCAGGAACACAGGAUGUCACGUGUGGAGCUGAUUGCAGUUGUCAUGGUUAUACGAUGGCAUGUUUAGGUGAAAACCUUCCAACAUAUUUACCGUGGAAUAUCACAGAGAUAUUCCUUCAGGAUGUGGACUUUAAAGAAGUUGCAAAGCACUUUCAAUCUCAACCACAAGAAUGGUCAGCAAUAACACGCCUCACCUUACAAUCGACCUUCAGCAAGGAAAUUGUAUCGGGAAUGUUUACCGUCUUUAAGGUUCUGAAAUAUCUAAAGGUCGAAGGAGACGUAUUUAGCAACAUCAGUAUUUCUGCUUUCGUUGGCCUCGAUACUGUCGAAACAUUGGAUCUCUCUGCUAAUGGGAAUUUAUUGUAUGAUUCAGUUGCCAAGGCUCUUUGUUUUGUGAACAACGGAAUCCAUGUGCUAUCAAAUUUAAAGAUGUUAAAUAUAUCAUGGAUAGGAAGGAAAUAUUUCGAGCCGGUGAACAUGGAUUUUAACUUCUUUGUUAGUUUGUCAAGCGGAAGAAGACUGAAGCAACUCGACAUAUCUCAUAUUAACCUCGCUGUUUUAGACAUAAGGAACUUUUACCCUUUGUGUGACAAUGGUCUAGAAACCCUUGUUUUAGAAUUCGCUGUGUUUUCCUCCGUUGGCUAUUACUACAUUCCAGAUCUCUCGUAUUCUAUAACACUGUAGCAGAGCUAAAUUUGAAGAGUGUCUCUGACACUGAAAUGACCAUUUGUCAUCCAGACCGACAGGUUAUUCUGGAUUUCUCGGAGUGUCCUUUACAAUUUCAAAAGAUUUUUGACGCUGCCAACAAGUUGAAGUUUUUAAAUACAACGGUUAUUCUCCAUCCAACAACUGCUUCGACUCUACAAU